AUGUCUUCCUACCAGAAGGGCGAGAAGGACCAGGGCGGUGAUGCCCCCAAGUCCCACAAGAUCCGCAUCACCCUCUCCUCCCGCAAGGUGCAGACCCUCGAGAAGGUCUCGCAGGAGAUCCUCGACCGCGCCAAGAGCAAGGACCUCCGCUUCAAGGGCCCCGUCCGCCUGCCCACCAAGACCCUCAAGGUCACCACCCGCAAGACCCCCUGCGGUGAGGGCUCCAAGACCUGGGACUGCUUCGAGAUGCGCAUCCACAAGCGCCUCAUCGACUUGACCGCCCCCACCGAGGUCGUCAAGCAGAUCAUUGUCAACAUUGACGCUGGUGUCGAGGUUGAGGUCACCAUUGCUGCUUAA